AUGACGAGCCGUCGCCGUGGCAUGCGGCAGCACCUGACUUGCCCGUUAUGCCUCCUUAUCCUUUGCCACGUGGCAUCCACGUGUCGAGUGUGUCUUCCGCCUAUGUUCUCGGCAGCAGCAAACGGCUCCCCUCCAAACCCUAAUUGGGAGAUCGACUUCGACUGGCUGAGUAACGAGAACCAAAUCGCCAUGGCGCGAUUCGCCGUGGCACAGCACAACGCCACCAAGAGUCUCGAUCGGGUGUUGCACUCUUUCCCUUCAACUCAUGCUGACUCACCACUGUGCAGCAGAACGAGGCCACGACGAGGUAGACGACAGGCGACAGCCCUUCUCCCUUUCAUCCCUUCUCCCCUUCAUCCCUUCUCCCCUCCAUCCCUUCUCCCCUCCAUCCCUUCUCCCCUUCAACCCUUCUCCCCUUCAUCCCUUCUCCCCUUCAUCCCUUCUCCCCUUCAUCCCUUCUCCCCUUCAUCCCUUCUCCCCUUCAUCCCUUCUCCCCUUCUCCCCGUCUCUCGCCUCUCUACCCUGCUGCGCGGCCGCACUGCCUUCUUCGACGCCCUCCUCUCCCGCCGCCCUCUCGUGGCCGCACAAUCCGCAACCCCUGCUGCUGCCCCUCCGCCAGCAGCCUCAGCCACACUGGUAGCCAUAGCAGCAGCAGCAGCAGCAGCAGCAGCAACUGCACCCACCCCUGCGGCAGCGUCCGUUGCAGCAGCAGCAACAGGAGGAGGAGAGGGAGGAGGGGAGGGAUGGCAGUACACGUUGAGGUCGUGGGUGCAGCAGGCAGGGUGGGGGCAUGCGAGCACGCGGGAGGAGCAGGAGGCGGCGCUCAGGCACGUGGUGCCGGUGACCCCCCCUCCGUGUGGCCACCUGUUGACUUACGUCCAAGACUCUGUACCCACUGGUGAGAGGCGUGGUGGCCAGUGA